AUGGCGUCUUUUCACACCCCUAAGAGAGGGAAGGAUUUAUGCCAAUUGAUCGACAAGCUUAACGAACAAUUUGGCUUAGACAUCCCUAACCCACAGUUUUACUCACCAUCUCUCGAGCCUAAUACAAAAUCGCUCAGAUGGCGCGUGUAUAUAGGCAUCAAAAGGCUUCAUUACGACCGGAAUGUCAACUUGAAUGAGACCCUCAACAACUUCGAGGAGUGGGUGGCAUCUCGACCAGUGCGGGCCAAUGGUGACUUUCCUUCGAAUACUCGCUCCAAAAGGAAUCCGUUUACCAAUAAAUGUUAUGCCAGUAUAUCUGAGGCAGAGCGAGACGAGCGACUUAAUGGGAUCACUGGUAAAGCCACAAGGCAAUCAUGCCCAUCGAAAGGGCUGAAGAGAAGGAUAUCCGAAGAGGAGGACGAAUUCUGCACUGCCCCAAAUUCUCCGGUAAAAGAUCCUGAGUCCGGGCCUACUGUGGUGGACCCGCUUAAUUUGGUCAACGAUGAAGAGGGGUGCGGUUUUGAUCCAGGCCCAGCUCAGGUUUUCAAAAGCCCCAAAGUAGAUGAUGCACGGGGACCAUCGGCAUUUGUCCAAAGAUUAACGGCACCUGACCAGUUUCGACGAUACGAUGCAGUGUCACCUGCACAGGACGACCCAAACGUUAGUUUCGCAACUACCGAACUGACCUCUAUUUUUGAUUCUCGCGAUGACAGACUGAAUACUUCGUUCAUAUCGACCAUCACAGAUGCUACUGAGCUCAUGUGUGACUCGGACUACGAAGAUUCGGUGGUGAAUCAUAUGCUCAGCCAAGAGCUGAAACUAGCACUUGAAAGGUCGCAAUCCAUAGGUGAGAGUAUUGUUGAUGAGCCUCCCGAAUCUGUUGAGCAGCGACUGAUAGAUGACCUCCUUCACUACGGACCAUUUGCACAAGCCUAUUCCUUUCCGAGCUCAGUACCCUUACGAUACCGGUACGAGUUAGAGAGGAUAGGCAGAGCUUGGAAUAUCCCCUCUGACCGCAUGCUGGCUGGUAACAGCAUACCCUUCCAAACACGCGAUGGCUUUUGGGAAUGGAUCAAGGGCCACAACCAACGCAAUGGAAAGCCACUCCCAGAAAAGCCAACCAACAAAGCUUGGGACUCCGCUAUUGGCAACUUCAAGACAGAUAAGCAUUCAGAAGUUGUUGUCCUUACGGGUGAUCUAGAAUGGUGCAGCGAACAUGAACCAGGCAUUUUCAAAAUGAACUUAAAUCCACUGAAAACCGAAAGAACAUGUCGAUUCCAUCGCCGUUUUGGAUCCGACAGAUUCCUUAGCUUGACAAUGCCUGCACCCUCGCGCCCCCCGCGCCAUUUCCCAUUACCAUCUGACCCUUCUCUUCUGCGAGAAAGUAUUGCCCUAUGGCUGACACAGAAUGUCCACCGGUGUCUAGGGAGGACAUGGAAGCCUUUCUUUGUGGAAGAGGUCAAGUCGAAACGAAAAGUAAAGGCAGAGCCGAAGUUCAGGGUGGACUUCUUUGCGAUUGAUGGCGUGGACUUUGAUAAGAGCCCGCACGUACCUCCCAUACCUCCCGCGAAACAAAACAGUGAAAACCACACCCCCAUGAGCUUGGACUCCCUGCUCGACUGGCAUAUGUCGCGGGACGAGAAUAUAAAGCAGAAAAACUGCAAACUAUUCCAACGUAUCUCAUUGGGGCUUUCGAAGACCUUCGCCACUGUUGUCUUGAAGCCAUCGCAGGUCCUUCAUCUAGCAGACCCCCCUAACUCACCGGUAAUGAAUGAUGGUUGUGCCUUGAUGUCUAGGGGUCUAGCCAGCCAGAUCUGCGACUCAUUAGGCAUAACCGGGAUCACCCCUAGUGCAUUUCAGGGCAGAAUUGCCGGGGCCAAGGGUCUGUGGAUGGUAGAUAAGCACGAUUCUGAUGUCUCCACAGGGAGGAGUAACGUGUGGAUUCAGAUAUCUGACUCGCAAUUAAAAAUCGAGCCACACCCUCAGGGUUGGAAAGAGAUUGUAGAUGAAGAAAAGCUCACAUUCGAAGUUGUAAAAUGGUCCAAGCCCUUACAUACGGUGGACCUGAACACCCAACUUCUGGCUAUUUUGGAGCACGGAGGGCAUAUUAAAGAAUACGUCGCCGAUCUCACACGAGCUGGAAUUAGGGCGGUAUAUGAAGACUUUGCUACUGUCGUCCAAUCGGACAGUCCCGUUCUCUGUCGCAGUCUAAUACAAAAGAUAAAGCCACCAGCAGAAAGCAGUAACGUUGCAAUGCUUCACAAGGUCAGACGCUUGGAGGAUUGGAUGGCUGACGAUGUGGAGGCUGUCAUUCGACUGACAGAGGCAGGCUUUGCACCUCGGACUUUCCACCCUCUUCGGAAGCGUUUGAGGAAAUGUCUCAUAGGUCUGCUGGAUCAAUAUGUAGAACAACUGCAUAUUGAGGUACCUCUUUCCACCUAUGCAUUUUGCAUCGCAGACCCAUAUGGGGUCCUGAAAGAGGACGAAGUUCACUUUGGCUUCUCCAAUAACUGGCGUGAUCCCGAAGGUCAAUUCGAAGACAAUCUACUCGACGGUAUGGACGUUCUUGUAGCUCGACUCCCCGCACAUCUCCCGUCUGACAUCCAGCGACGAAGGGCUGUGUGGAAGCCAGAGCUCCGACAUUUCAAGGAUGUUAUUGUUUUCCCUACGGUUGGGACAACACCACUGGCACACAUGUUGUCUGGUGGUGAUUACGAUGGCGAUACACCGUGGGUUUGCUGGGACCAAAAUAUCGUCCAGAAGUUUCGUAAUUCCGACCUACUCAUCAUGGAUUACUCUGCGGAGUACUUUAAUCUUGAGACACAUAAUGUGCCAAUGAAAGAUAUUGACUCAUGGGAUGAGUUUCUUCAAAGCACCUUUACAUUCAACCUUACCAUGUCUAAUCUGGGAAGGUGUACUGUCGAGCACGAGAAGAUAUCCUACGACGAAUCAAUCGACUCACCGAAUGCCAAAGAGCUUGCCUGUCUCCUCGGUCACCUCGUGGAUGGUCGUAAGGGAGGGGUCCGCUUAUCAGAACACGCGUGGCGAGCAUACCGCAAAAGGGUUAGCCCUAGAGCACGAGAUUUGCCUGCAUACAAAAACCCCAGUCGAAGGCCCAAGCCCACCAACAUAAUAGACUAUCUGAAGUUCGAAGUUGCUCGGAAAGAAAAGGACAUUGUUUUGAGGCUACUGGAAGAGUUAUUAGCUAAAGCGGGGACCACGUACGAACACGAUAGAGACCUUACCAGGCCGUGGGACGAGGCACGGGAGCAGGCCGAGAAAGACCGACGUGAAGGUGGACAACUUCAUGUGAUUUUGGGAAAUGUCACCCAGGAAAUCGAUGAUCUCUUUGACAGAUGGAUCCACUCGGUCACCGGCGAACACUCCUUCUCGGCUGUCUCGUUGGAGAUCGCUGACCAUGCUAGAGCCAUUUCACCACCCGAGGGUGAUCACCCCAUGAUCCUUGUCUGGCGACAUAGUAAGGAUGCGUGGCUCCAUUUGCUCGCUUCGUACUCGUACAAGAAGCGUCCCGAAUCGAGCUUUGCCUUCCAUGCCUUUGGAGAGAUACUCUGCCAAUUAAAAGCCAGUAGUGUACCAUCACGAUCAGUGAUCAAUGAAAUCCUAGCUUGUUACCGGAUGAAUCAGAAGGUGGUCGCAAGGUUGACAGCCGGGGACACGGUUGAAGGCGAGGACAGCGAUGGUGGCGAUGAAUACGAAGGCGCAGAUGCUAUAACGAUGCUUCAGGCAACACAACUUUCUGGAGGAUACUAUGACUGGGAUGAUGGUCUGUCCGUGGAGUGA